UCCGCAUCAAAGCGUCAUCGCCCGAGAGCUCCAGCUCCAAGCUCCCUCCAAAGCUCCGAGAGCUCCACCAGAUCUCACGCGAUCCACUUCCCAUCUGCAACCACCAUCCAUCCAGUCAUUGGAUCUCUCCUUAUCAACAUACACACGCACACAUCUCGAUUCUCAGCUGGCUGGUUUCGUCUAUCGCCUUAUCGCUACAGCUUUAUCCAUAGGCCACCAUCACGCAAUCGCUCGUCAUGUCGGAGAAGGCGCCGCUGAUCCCGGAGCCGGAGCAGCGCGUAUCCUACGGCCGGCCCACGCGGUGCCCGUACGCCCAACGGUGCUCUGCGGGGAAAGCCGUAGUCAAGGUCUUUGUCCUGGCUACUGCUGCCGGUUUGCUGUACUACAACAUCCCGCAGACUCAGAAACCCAUCCACGAAGAGAAGACGCCCGUUUGCAUGACACCGGCUUGUGUUCAUGCCGCUUCGGAGAUCUUGUACAACCUAUCGCCAGACUACAAGGAGCUGGACCCAUGCAGCGAUUUUGAGGAGCUCGUCUGCGGAGGAUGGAGAGACCGACACGACCUUCGUGCCGACCAAGGCGAUGCCUUCACCGGCACCAUCAUGUCCGAGAACUCAGAGCUGCUGCUUCGUCACAUUCUUGAGGCGCCAUACCCCAAGGACUCUCAGCACUCGUACUUCUCGCCCCUCCGUCUGGAAUCCACCGAUAAGUCCGCCGACGAGCAGAACUUUGACAAGAUGAAGGCUUCGUACGAUGCCUGUGUUGACGAGGACAAGAUCAAGGAGAUCGGCGUGGAGCCCCUCAUCCAGAUUCUGGACGAGAUCAAGAACAGCUACCCUAUUGAGGCGGCCACCUCUGUCGAUCCUAGCCCGACCAAAGACACAAUUCUUCUUCUUUCCAGAUACGGAGUAAACGCUUUCAUUACAUCUGGAACCGGUGCGGACGACAGAGAUCCCGAUACUGUUGUUGUUUCUGUCGCACCUCCUUACAACCUGGGACUUCCCUCAAAGGAGCGAUACGAAGAUGAGAAGCUUGUCGAGAAGUACCGCGGAGUUGCUGUUGAGGUUCUCGGCAACCUCUACCCCGAUGGAAACAAGGACAACUUUGCCAAGGUCGUUGAUCUCGAGAAGCUUCUGGCAGCCGCCUCCCCUCCCACCGAGGAGCUCGAGGAUGUUACUAAAACAUACAACCCCAUGCUCAUUGACGAGGCAUCUGCUCUUGCUCCUGAAAUUGAGCUCACGGCCUUGAUCCACGAUCUCGUCCCCGAGGGCUUUGUCGUUGAGCGUGUCAUCGUGAUGUCACCCAAGUACAUGACUGAGUUGUCUACCAUUCUUUCCGGGACCGACAAUGAGGUUAUCCAGAACUACUUCGUCUGGAAGGCUAUCCAGUCCCUUGGUUCCUACGUCGACGCCGAUGCUCUCAAGCCCUACAAGCACUUUAAGAACGAGCUCGCUGGAAAGGACCCUGAGUCUGCCCCUGAAAGAUGGCGCACUUGUGUUGGUCAUGUCGAUGAUGGCUUGGGAUGGAUUCUCAGCCGCUUCUUCGUUGAGAAGGCCUUUUCGGCCGAGGCAAAGAAGUUUGGCGACACCAUCAUCACCGAUAUCAAGACCGAGUUUACGAAGAAGCUCAAGGCCGCCAAGUGGAUGGAUAAAGAGACAACCACCAAGGCCAUGGAGAAGGUUCAGAACAUCAUCCAAAAGAUCGGCUACCCGACCAAGAGCCCCGACAUCAUGGACCCUCCCAGCCUCAACGACUUUUACAACUCCGUCGACAUCAACCCGGAUACUUUCUUCAAGAACGCACUCGCCGUUCGCAAGUUCGCCGUGGGCUACGAGUGGUCAGCCCUCGGCAAGCCCGUCGACCGGGAGCAGUGGGGGAUGACAGUCCCUACUGUCAAUGCCUACUACAAUCCUCCCGGCAACGAAAUCGUCUUCCCGGCCGGCAUUAUGCAGUUCCCCGUCUUCGACGUUGAGGUCCCUGCCUAUAUGUCUUACGGUGCCUUUGGCUCUGUCGCUGGGCACGAGCUCAGCCACGCCUUUGACUCCACCGGCCGCCACUAUGAUCAGAACGGCAACUACACUGACUGGUGGUCAGACGCCACUGUUCAGGCAUUCAAGGACAAAGCUGAGUGCUUCGUCGAGCAGUACUCCAACUUCUCUGUGCCAGGACCGGACGACAAGCCUCUCCAUGUCAAUGGACGCCUCACACUUGGCGAGAACCUUGCCGAUGCCGGUGGACUUUCGGCCUCAUACCAGGCCUGGAAGCGCCGUGCCCACAAGCACCCCAACAAGGAUCUGCCGGGCCUUGAGCACUUCACGCAAGAUCAGCUCUUCUUCGUCACGUACUCCAACUGGUGGUGUGGCAUGUCUCGGAAGGAUACGGCCAUCAACCGGAUCUAUACUGAUCCUCAUGCGCCCAAGUGGGCCCGCAUUCUUGGCACUAUGUCCAACAGUCGUGAGUUCAAGGAGAGCUUCCAGUGCAAGGACAAGAAGCCCACCUGUGAGCUGUGGUAAGACACUUUGAUGGGAACUUUGGAUAUUAGUAGACGUUCUAAGAAAGGGUACGUCGUGCUUGCGUGUAUAGUACCUUAUGUACGGUAUAUCACAGAAUGGAAAUCACUGGCUGGCAUGAGAAUUCAUUGACAAGUCACUGCAUGUGGUGCGAGUGGGACUAUGAUUCUUGCCUUGGCAUGCUGGCGUGCACCUAUGUGGAAAAAGAAAGACAUUCGCAUAAUGACGCAAGGCGAGUGAUCGACAGUACCAAUGGCGCUAGAUGGGUUAAAUCACAAACUGAAGCCAUUGAAGUCAUCUUCGUGGAUGCAUGUAGGCGCAUAUCGGGUCUAUCAGCGGCUACUGAAAAUUAGACCAAGGUUCAUG